GAUAUUCAUCGCAGACAUUCUCGCUUGGAAGGUUUUUGGGGAAGAAAUCGACUUUAACGAAGUGAAAUGUAUCUUGAUGUCUGUACCUAAUACAAAGGAAAGACGUGCUACGUAACACUGAAAUUUUUAAAUGGGAAUCCAUGAUGUAGAUGUCUUAAAAUAGAUUUUCUUUGAUGUCCGAAUUUAUAUUAAGCUUUAUAACUUUAUUUAUUUAAGAUGUUUCGUUUCUUUUUGGAAAUUUUAAAUAUGUUUGAAAUACUUCAGAAUAAGAAUAUGUAAAAAUAAUAAAACAUUAUCUUUUUACACCUGGAUGAAAGAAUAAAAUGUAAAAACGGUCUGUCGCCUAUCGAUCGUGCGUCGAAUCAUGCUUUCGGUUCAACCAUGGUUUCAUUAAGUGGAUGUUCAAAUGACGUCACAUAAUUGUGCAAGGUUAGAAUGGAGUAGUAGUAAACAAAAACGUUUAUUUUCACUCAGAUCUUCGCAAUGAGAUGUUGCUUGCAUAAGAAGGCUUGGAAGAAGAAGAAGCAUACAUGAAAAAUAUUUUCACCCAAGAUGGCAAGCCUGAUUUGCAAAUGGAGAAAUAGCUGACAUUCAAAAGCUGAGGUUAUAUUUCUUUGAUUGAAAGCAAAAUGGAAGAUAAAAGUUUCCUGGAUAUUGGUGAUACGCUUCUGUCCGAAGUUCUUGUUGAAUAUACUUCAGAUGACGUUGUAAAUAAGAUCAAAGAAACCUCCUCAGCUAAACAAAGUUCUCAACCAUUUUUAGUUAACAUGAAAGAAGUGAAUUGCUCUCGUGAGCUGCUUAUAGAAUACUUACAACUCGCCAUGGAUGAUUUUGGUUUCUGUGUUAUGGAUAACUUUCUCUCAGAUGAAGAUAGCAGAAAAGUUUGUUUAGAAUGUGAAGCCUUGUCACUUAUUCCUGGCUUAUUAGAGGAUGCUGGAAAAUAUGGUGAAGAAGACAACAAAAUUAAUACUUUUCGUAGCGAUUUAAUUUGCUGGUUAAAUGGCAGUGAAAAAUUAUGUGCAAGUAUAAACACAUUAAACUUUACUUUUAACAUACUUGUUAGCUCGUUACUGAAAAAUCGCACACGCGUUACGCAUAAAUCACACACUCAAUUGUCGUACUUUCCCGCCAAAUCGUUUGGUUACAAACAUCACAUUGACAAUCCAAAUAAUAAUGGUAGACUUCUGACAGUUAUUUAUUUUUGUAACAAAGACUAUGACGUAACUAAAGAUGGCGGAAUAUUUCGAUGUUACAUUAAAAAUAAUACAAAAUACGUUGAUCUGGAACCUAAAUACAAUCGCGCUUUUAUUCACUGGUCAGAUCGACGAAUCAUGAAAGAAACGCUACCCUGCAACCGAAAUAUUUUCUCCUUGACUUCUUGGUAUUUUGAUUCUUUAGUCUAGAAUAAACAAGAAGUACCACAUACAUAUAUAUUUUUUUUUAACAAAAAUCAAAAAUGGCCGUUUUUGAUUUGUUUAUUGAACUUUUAUUUUUGGAAGAAAAAAACAGUAAAUUUAAUUAAAUCAAAACAAACAUAUAUAUACCUUCUAUGAUGA